GGAAGACUAAUUUCACGGGGACUCUCUUCAUCUCUCUGUUGCAUCGGCCGUCCCCCCUAACCUUUAGGACAACUUUAUCGAAACCCUAGAUUCGAUUCCUCCGUUAACCCAUUGAGCAAGAGAAGAUGCUCCGAGUAGCAGGAAGGAGGCUCUUUUCUCUUUCGCAGAGAUCUACGAACGCUACCUCCUUCGCGCUUUCCCGAGUCCAUGGCGACUCCUCCUCCUCUUCACCUCCCAGAUCUGUCCCCUCUUCCGAUCUCUCACCUUUCGAUUCUUACCACCGGAGCCUCAUAAGAGGUUUCUCUUCUCAGGUUCUUACUCAAGGAAACGAGGUAGGUUUUGGUUCGGAACCUGCCACCGUGGAGGCUGUCAAGACUCCUAACUCAAAGAUUGUUUACGAUAACCACAACCAUGAGCGUUACCCACCUGGUGAUCCCAGCAAACGUGCGUUCGCCUAUUUCGUCUUGUCAGGUGGGAGGUUUGUGUACGCCUCUGUUCUCCGACUUCUUGUCCUGAAGCUCAUUGUCAGCAUGUCCGCAAGUAAAGAUGUCCUUGCCCUUGCAUCCCUUGAGGUUGACCUUGGUAGCAUCGAACCAGGUACCACUGUUACAGUGAAGUGGCGUGGAAAGCCUGUCUUCAUCAGGAGAAGAACAGAAGAUGACAUCAAGUUGGCAAACAGUGUGGAUCUUGCAUCUCUGAGAGACCCACAAGAAGAUGCUGUCAGGGUCAAGAAUCCGGAAUGGUUAGUGGUUGUUGGAGUCUGCACUCAUUUGGGAUGCAUCCCUUUGCCUAAUGCUGGUGAUUACGGGGGUUGGUUUUGCCCGUGUCACGGAUCACAUUACGAUAUCUCUGGUAGGAUCAGGAAAGGUCCUGCACCGUACAACUUGGAGGUACCAACUUACAGCUUCUUGGAAGAGAAUAAGUUACUCAUUGGUUGAUGAUGAAUCAAAAGCACAACAGUCAGCGAACCUCAAAUGUUUGUUUUCUUCUAUUUUUUUCUUCUAUAUUCCGGCAACCUAAAGCAAGAUUGUCUUGUUUUUGCUGAAUAAUUAUUGAACGUGUACUCGAGCUAUGUUUUUCCGAUGAUGAUGAAAGACUAUUCAUAGUCUGUGUUAAUUGUUUAUCACGACUAAAUUUUUCUUAUGUAUGAGACUGAUUCAUUUCUAU